AUGGAGCACACAGGCCAGCAGAUGCCAGAACGAUACGCCCUUGUCUCGUCACUUUACGGACCGGGCACGAUCGCCUGCUGGUACCUUACGAUUUUGUCCGUUCUGGUCUCGUGGACUCUUCAUCCCAGGAAACGAACGUCGGGAUCCAUUGACGUCGACUUGGUGGCGAUUUUGACGCUUCCAACCGUCGCUGCCGGCCACCUGAUAUCGCAGAUUUCGCGACUGAUGCCGGGGAAGUUGUCCAGGGGCAUCGAAGCUAAUCGAUUCGCCCAGUCCAUCGCCGCCAUUGAGGCACCUUUCAGCGUCAUCGAAUCCUUUAUGGCGAUAAGUGUCAUUUUAUUCCUUGUUGCUGCGUGGAUGUUUUGUCUCCGUCGUGCAAUAUCCGUGGCAAUAGUCGGCCUCUUGUGCCUUGCCACCGAAUGUUAUAUCCAUUUCUCCGGCGUGAACGAGCUUGCUGGCAUUCGAUACAAUCCGUCGGGCGCGCCGAGUGACGAAGAAAAACCGGCCUUCACCCGAUCGUUCGUUGCCGACUUUACAGGCCUCGUCAUCGCCAUCCCUGUCAUACUGGCCGUUUGCAGCAUUACCGGCUCUACGGUUGUCACCUACAUGCUUCGUUUCCGAAGACCUCCGCGGGAGAUUGAGGAAGCUGGGCAACGAUUGCCGCGUGAGAAUCCUGACGGUUCGCAACAGGCAACCGUCGAGAUAGCCAGACCAAGGACCGAGGGAGAUCCACGAAACGCGGCACCAGUGGGAGGAGAAACAGGAGGCGUACGGGUGACACAGUGGAAACGAGAUAUCAGACAAACACAACGACUGGCACGAACAAGCACAUGGAUCAGCCUGAUCUUUGUCCCUGCCACAGCGCUACUCAGCGUGUUGCCCAGCGCAAUGAACGCGCUUCAAUUUUCUCAUUCCGUUCUCGCCGCUGCUGGUGGCAGUGGCAGUGGCAGUGGCAGGACAAUCACAGUCUGGUCUCGUCUGAAGAUAUUCGCGGGGCACUUCUACCCGCGCGCCAGUAAUUCUUUCUUGGAUCUCGACCAGGCAGUGGCUACCGCUGCGGGAGCCACUGUGCUUGGAUUUGGCGUUUACAGUGUUGCCAACGCACGUUACAAGAUGCAAAGUGGCCGAGAGGUGGUGCGGAUGGAGGAAGACGGAAUCCAGUUGGAUCGGCUGGAUCGAGAUCCGACGUUUUGA